AUGUCGUUUUCUGCCCUUUCGUGGUUGCUGAACUUGAACACCACCGAGAUCCCCGAUAAGGUUCUCCGGAGAACCUCGAUCAUCGGGACCAUUGGCCCCAAGACCAACCUGGCCGAGAUGUUGGUCAAGUUGCGCAAGGCCGGUCUCAACAUCGCCCGGAUGAACUUCUCCCACGGGCUGUAUGAGUACCACCAGCUGGUUAUUGACAACUGCCGCAAGUCGGAAGAGCUCUACCCUGGCCGUCCCUUGGGGAUCGCCUUGGACACUAAGGGUCCCGAAAUCCGGACCGGUGUCACUGUCAACGAACAGGACUGGCCUAUUCCUCCCGGCCACGAAAUGAUCAUCACCACCAACGACGCCUACCAAGAAAAGUGUGACGACAAGGUGAUGUACGUCGACUACAAGAACAUCGUCAACGUCAUCCAACCCGGCAAGUACGUCUACGUCGACGACGGGGUGCUUUCGUUCGAAGUACUCGCCAUCAACGGCGACGAAUUGAAGGUGCGCUCGGUCAACGCCGGUAAGAUCUCGCUGAGAAAGGGGGUCAACUUGCCCGGCACUAACGUCGACUUGCCCGCUCUUUCGGAAAAGGACAAGAAGGACUUGGAGUUCGGGGUCAAGAACGGCGUGCAAAUGAUCUUUGCCUCGUUCAUCCGUACCGCCGAAGAUAUCCGCCACAUCAGAAAGGUGCUCGGCGAAAAGGGUGCCAACAUCCAAAUCAUCGCCAAGAUCGAAAACCACCAAGGGGUGGAAAACUUCGACGAGAUUCUCGAGGAAACCGACGGGGUCAUGGUUGCCCGUGGUGACCUUGGUAUCGAAAUCCCCGCCCCGCAAGUGUUUGUCGUGCAAAAGAAGUUGAUGGCCAAGUGCAACUUGGCCGCCAAGCCCGUCAUUUGCGCCACCCAGAUGUUGGAGUCGAUGACCAUCAACCCCAGACCCACUCGUGCCGAAGUGUCCGAUGUCGGUAACGCCAUCUUGGACGGCGCCGACUGUGUGAUGUUGUCGGGUGAAACCGCCAAGGGUGACUACCCCUUAGAAGCGGUGCUGAUAAUGCACCAAAUCGCCAUCACCGCCGAAAAGGCCAUCGCCUACUUGCCUCUCCACAACUCGCUCCGGGCUCUUGCCACCAAGCCCACUCCCACCACCGAAACUUGUGCCAUUGCCGCCGUGUCGGGGUCGUACGAACAAGAUGCUAAGGCCAUCGUGGUGUUGUCGACCUCGGGGUUGUCGGCGCGGUUGGUGUCGAAGUACAAGCCUAACGUGCCCAUCCUUAUGGUUACGAGAAACCUGGAAGCUGCCCGUUAUUGCCACUUGUACCGUGGUGUGUACCCUUUCAUCUACAAGCAAGAAAAGGCCGAGAACUGGCAAGAAGACGUCGAAAACCGUUUGAGAUGGGCGGUGUCGGAAGCCAUCGACUUGGGAUUGAUCCGCAAGGGCGACUCGAUCAUCACCGUGCAAGGCUGGACCAGAGGUUCGGGCCACUCCAACACCGUGAGAAUCGUCCAGGCCUAA